AAGAAUUAGAAUACGAGCUGCAGAACACGAUUCGUUUGCUAGGGAAUUGAAUGACAAAAUUUUGGGAUUUCCCAAGUGAGAUACAGAGCUGCGAGGUAGGGAGAGAUACAGAGGGAAAGAGUACAGAGAGAGAUUGUCAAGGGCAGACAUGAUCGAUGACAUAAUCCACUUAUACAUAAAUGGUUGUACGUGAUGGGAACUUGUUGAAGAAAUUUGCAGUGGCUGCAGUAUUGGAUUUCUGUAGCCGACUGCAAUACCUGUUUGUUUCAUGGAAGCUUAACAGUUGAGCUCACGAGAUUUGUAUCUUGAAGGGAGAUUAUUGAAAUGUUUGGGCGACUUCCUUCUGGAAAUUUGAAUUGCCGUCCUUUCAGUUAUUCGAUACAGAUUCUUAAAUUACAUGGUUGAAGAAUUGAAAGGAGCCAACCAUGAACGAAGUUUACGACAAACGUACAGAAGGGAGAUGGAGAAGGGUCCUGCCAAAAGUAAUGGUAAUGGAAACACCAGCACCAUCAACAAUAUUAAGAGGCUUCAGUGUGAUGAGAGGGGGCAGGGGUUUUAGUUCAGUACCAGAUGAUAACAAUAAAUCAGCGGCUUCUUCAGAUAGCAAGAAAGGCGGAUCUUCGUCUGGGAGCGGGGACGCAAGAGCAGCAGCAGUAGCAGUGGCGGUAGCUUCCCCGCCUGUUUGGCCGCCGAAAUUCGUUAUUGCUCUAACAAAUAAAGAGAAGGAAGAAGAUUUCAUGGCGCUUAAAGGAUCUAAGCUACCUCAAAGACCAAAGAAGAGAGCGAAGUUCAUUCAACGGAAUCUUAAUCUUGUUAGCCCUGGAGCAUGGCUAUGUGAUCUUACCUUGGAACGGUAUGAUGUCAGGGAGAAGAAGAUUGCCAAGAAGAGAUCAAGAGGGUUGAAGGCAAUGAGUAACAUGGAGUCAGACUCUGAAUAGAGAGGGUUUGACGUCUUCAAGGGGAAAAUUAUAGGGUUAUGUUUUGGUUGGGUGAUUAAUGAUUACAAUCAAACAUGUCUGACCAGUAUCACUCAUUUACCCACAAGAAGACGAAGUAAAAGAUUAUAAGUUUUUACAACUUUGUAAUAGUCAGUUUUCUUUUUUAUCUUUCACAUCUAUAGAUUAAUUAGCUCAACUUAAAUGGUUGGUUACAUGGGGGUUUUUGAUUGUUUAUGCAAAAGAGGCAUAAUUUAGAA